AUGGGCCUUAUAAUGUUCUACUGCAAAAUCGUUCAUGGUGCUCGAUAUGCGAACUUGGGUAAAGGUAUACAAGCCGUCUUGAACUUGUGUGAACCAACUUCAGCUACUUCUUUGCAGGAAACUGGAGUCAUGAGCAAUCCUAAGGGCUUGGUGAAGAGGGCCAAGAACUCUGGACUCGCCAUGAGUCUACAGGAGGGUGGUAGCUUUUUGAAGAGUAUCAGCUUGUUGAAAGGAAUGGGUCGCAAACCUCACAAAGACAGAAAGUCUGACAGUACACAAGCUGACGGAAAUGCAAAUUGUGAUAAAAUCGAGUCUUCCGGUUGCCUCUUUGUUGAUACAAAAUAUUCGACGACUUACCGAAAACCAAAUUUGGAACUCGAGACUCAGUCGAUUGAAGUGAGCUCAGCUGAGUCUUCUCCGUCAUGCGAUGAGGAUGCAUAUUGCAUAUCUCCUGUGGUAAAACAAGCAUUUCCAGAUAGCUGUCAACCUUCCAUGCAAGGACAUCUACCUUCAAAGGACACCCGCAAGCCGAAGCUUAGGCGAAGUAACAGCGGAACCGCUUCUACGACAUUGAUCGCAUCGAGGGACACGGGAGCUAACUCGUUGCGAUCCAAAAGGCAGUUCAGAGGGCAGCAACAUGGGAUUAAAAAGGAUUCCACUAAUCCUCAAGGAAGCCUUGUGCGAAGCAACCUGAGAAGAAUUCAUUCGAUGUAUGCGUCACAAAAAGAAUUUUCUCAGGGAUAUAGUGCUACCGAGAAAACUCCUCUGGAUGAAUCACAAGUUUCAACCUCACCAGAGUGUCCCACAUAUCAAUCUAGACUUGAAUACAGUGGUAUAAGGUAUCAUAUUGAUGAAAAGACAGACGACAAAUUUCCUCGAAUUGAUGUCGAGACUUUGGUCGAAAUCAUGGAUGGAGGGUUUAGACAACAUUAUCAGGAUGUCUACGUUGUGGACUGUAGAUUCGAAUACGAGUACCGAGGCGGUCAUAUUGGGGUUGCCAUCAACAUAAAUUCUCAGAGUGCGUUGGAAUCAAAGUUCAUACACAACAGAAAAACGGUAUGCACCCAUGAGCUCCCGCCCCUUAUAAUCUUCCAUUGUGAAUUCAGUUCUUAUAGAGGUCCUAUUAUGGCCUCCCACUUGAGAAAUUGUGACCGUGUUUUAAAUUAUGACAGCUAUCCAAAGUUACACUAUCCUGACAUACUCAUCGUUGAUGGUGGCUACAAAUCUUUUUUCGACAAAUACCAGUCACUAUGUUUUCCCCGACGCUAUAUAGGCAUGGAUUCGCAAGAGCAUAUCGAUCUAUGCGAAGCAGAGAUGGAAAAAUUUCGCAUAAACUCGAAACGCAUUGUUACCAGGGCCAACUCAUUUCAGUCAUUAAACAAGAGCUUCGUAUCAUCUAGGUCCAAGCUUGUCCUCGGUCCUAACGAGAAAAAUCCAAAUCAAACACUGUUUUCGAACAACAAGUGGAAUUCAUCUAACAGUUCUAAACCAGCACUACCCUUUCCCUAUGAAGCCCCACCCAAACUUUCACUAUCCCAUUAUUGCGACGCAGAGGAUUAUGGGAGCCCCACCAGUCUCACUAGCAGUAACAAUAGCAGUGGACCGAUGUUCAUGGAGGAACUUCGCGACGAUACGGGCAGUACAGACUUGGAUAACAUUAGCCUUGACGAGUCCAACGUAGCUCACCCAUUUCGCGGCGCCAUGGCGUCCACACUUGCAUUUAAGAGCACAAAGAGAUCUCUGUUUGGCUCUAUCUUGAAAGAGGAAGAUGACGACAAUGAUGUCUAUCCGAACCUCAAACACAACACUAAAAACUAG